UUCCUGUGAGGGAGAAGGGCAAGGAUGGCAGGAGAAGGAACUCUGGAUGACAAGAGAUAAUGGAAGAGGAAAGGUCGGUAUGAAAGCGCGCACCAAGGCGAAGUCUCGGUCGUCCCGGGCUGGCCUGCAGUUCCCGGUGGGCCGUAUUCACAGGCUCCUGAGAAAGGGUAACUAUGCUGAGCGUGUGGGGGCCGGAGCGCCGGUCUAUCUGGCUGCGGUGCUCGAGUAUCUGGCGGCUGAAGUCCUCGAACUGGCCGGGAACGCGGCCCGGGACAACAAGAAAACCCGCAUCAUCCCCAGGCACCUGCAGCUGGCCGUGCGCAACGACGAGGAGCUCAACAAGCUGCUGGGAGGGGUGACCAUCGCUCAGGGAGGGGUGCUGCCUAAUAUCCAGGCCAUGCUGCUGCCCAAGAAAACCGCUCCCACGAAAAAGUGAAGAGGCUGAUCUUGACUCUGACAACCCAAAGGCUCUUUUCAGAGCCGCUCACAAUAUCCGAGAAAGAAACUAGACCCCCACCUCUUAUUUUUGCCUUAAACCAA